UCCGUUCCGUUGGAAGCCAUAUUUACAAAUGGAGGACGAUUUAACGUCUCAUCAAAAUAUGGGAAAGAAUGACGACUAUUUCCUAGAGAUUCUGUUUACACAAUUGUUCAAGAUUCGUGGCAUUAAGUGAAGUUUUUUCAGAAUGUAGUUACUUUUUUUUACCAAUCUUUAAAUAAUUCUCAAAAAGAAUUAUGUGUUAAGUGGUUGAGCUUUACAGAAUGGUAAAAGAAGGGGAAACAGAAGGACUUGCAAAUCUGACUUAUGCAAAGUGGAUUUUGGAAGCCAUUGAAAAAAUUAAACAUCAAAAACAGCAGCCAAAUCUUCAGCGGAUUGUUCAUGCUGUUCAACAGUACCACAGUGUUAGUAGGGAGUCUAUAGAAGAGCAGCUUCAAUUGGCUACGAAAGAUGGUUUGAUUGUUAGAACUUUUAGUAAAAAAGAUUGGUCAUAUAGAGAUCCAUCCAAGAUGCCUCACACCAAAAGAAGGACGUUGAAAAUUGACAAGAAAACCGACUUGACAAAAUUUCUUGUUAAGGCUGUGAUAGAUCUAGGAGAAGAUGGAAGCUCUCUUAAGAAGAUUAAAAAUCACCUGAAUGCUAUAUAUAGCAUUGAAUGUCAGAAUGGUGUUGACUUGACACUUCUUCUAAAAAAUUGUCUCAAAACUGCAAUGGACAAUAAGUAUUUGACAAAAGAAGGGAGGAGUGUAAAGUUAGGAGAAAAAGCAUCAGACAUUGAUAUAGCUGGGAGUUCUAGUAACUCGGCAUCAUUUGAUGAAGACUCUACCAGUGACAUGUCAUUCUCAAUUGAACAAAACAUGAAAUGUGCCAAGCCUGUCCUAAUCUGUUGUUUUUGUCUUGGUGAUGAAAAUAAAAACCGCAGUGGGGAACCAGAAGACCUCAUAUCCUGUGCUGAUUGUGGUAACAGUGGUCACCCUACAUGUUUGAAAUUCUCACAAGAUCUGACAGAAGUUGUGAAGUCUUUGAGAUGGCAGUGUAUUGAAUGUAAAACCUGCUCUUUUUGUCAAAGAUCUGGCAGAGAGGAUAACAUGUUAUUUUGCGAUACCUGUGACAGAGGCUUCCAUAUGGAAUGUUGUGAUCCACCUCUAACUAAAGCCCCUAAAGGCAAAUGGAAGUGCAAUAUUUGUGACCCUAACCGGGGUAAUAAAAAAGGAAAGAAAUAUUUAGAGAUGGUGAACAGAUUGAAAGAAAAGUACAGAAACAAGGAAAAAAUCAAGUUAAAAAGACCGGCUAAGAAGUUUUUUUCACAGAAGAAACAUGAUUUGAUAAAAUGUCCAACACCAGGUUGUGAUAGUACAGGGAAUGUAAAUGGAAAAUCAAAUGUUCAUCGGUCGAGGUUGUUUUGUCCUUUAGUCACACCCGAACAGAGGAAAAGAUAUAAACUUGAAAAGAAAUAUACUGACAACAAUGGACAAUAUGAUUCUGAUUCAGAGUUUGAGGAUAGGGGUAAUUCAAAAAAAGAGAUAAAGAAACCUUAUGAUUACUCCAGUGAUUCAGGGAGUGAAAAUGGAGAAGUUGGGAACACCUUUGACCCAUUUUUUGCCAUUAGCAAACCUAAAGGUCUUGUUGAUGGUUUAACACAAUUUUUUACUCCAUCAAACAAGCGUACAUCCCGUGUUUCAUUAAAUGCUGCAUGUGCAGACUUUCCUUCCAUUCCAGUCAAAAACAAGCAUUCAAAAUCCCAGCAAGCUGCUAGUCGGCUGCUGAAAAGAUCUAAACUUGUGCAAGCCAACAAACAUUGUAUUAAGAAAAAUAAGUUUGGUAAUGCCAUCACUAAUCGCUUCCCAAAAACAUUCACAAGAAAAUCAAACUUUAAUCCUCAAUUCCAUAGUUCUAUAUUGGAAAGUAGGGAUAGUUCAUCUGACAGGGAGAGUUUAAAUGACGAUUCCAUUGACUUUACAACCAUUGUGAAAAGAGGGCGUGGAAGGUCAUUUACAAGAGGCAGAGGAAGGGGAAGAGGACGAGGUAGAGGAUUUGGAACGCUUCUAAGUGGAACAACAAUAUUUGGAAGAGGAAGAGGAUUUGGACGUCCUCCUGGACCAGGACGUGGUAGAGGGUUUGGUCGUCCAGGAAGACCGUUUGGUAGAGGUAGACCAUUUGGUAGAGGUAGACCAUUCAGUAGAGGUAGACCGUUCAGUAGAGGUAGACCAUUUGGUAGAGGUAGACCAUUCAGCAGUGGCAUUAAUAGGAAAGCAUUCUUGGAUGAUUCAGAUGACUUUACCAUGUUAAAAAGAAUAUCUCAACUUGACAAACCCUCACCUGGUAGGGGACGAGGUCGUGGACGGGGACGAGGUCGUGGUAGUUCUUCUGUUGCCAGCAAUGAGCAUUGCCACGAAAGUCCUCCACAAAAACCACCAAGAGAGCUUCCACCAAAUGUUACAGAUACUGACAAGGAUUUGUUUAAGCAGGCACAGGAAAAGGCUCAGGAAGUUUUGAAGCAGUUCACUUUUGAUUUGCAGGAUGCAUCUAAAAACUGUAGUCCAAUGUUGGAGGAGUGUUCCCCUACACCCUCUCAGUCCAGAUUUCCACCAUGCAUAGAAUUUGGAAAAUAUGAAAUUCAAACCUGGUAUUCCUCACCCUACCCCCAGGAAUAUGCUAGAUUACCAAAGUUGUACAUAUGUGAAUUUUGUCUUAGAUUUGUUAAAAGCAGGAAAAUGUUAGCCAGACAUAUGGAAAAAUGUGGACUGAAUCAUCCACCAGCAAAUGAAAUUUACAGGAAAAAUGAAUUAUCAGUGUUUGAAGUGGAUGGAAACUCCAGUAAAAUUUAUUGUCAAAACUUGUGCCUUCUUGCUAAAUUAUUCUUAGAUCACAAAACUUUAUAUUAUGAUGUUGAACCAUUCUUAUUUUAUGUGGUGACCACAAAUGAUGAGUUUGGAUGUCAUCUUAUUGGAUACUUCUCUAAGGAAAAACACUGUCAGCAGAAAUACAAUGUAUCAUGUAUAAUGACAAUGCCCCAAUACCAAAGGAAAGGAUAUGGCAGAUUCCUUAUCGAUUUCAGUUAUUUGUUGUCCAGAAUAGAAGGCCAAGCAGGGUCACCUGAAAAGCCAUUAUCAGAUCUGGGGAAAGUGUCAUAUCUAGCCUACUGGAAAAGUGUCAUCAUAGAAUACUUACAUAAAUACCAGGAUGCUAGAGUAUCAAUCAAAGCCAUUGCCAGAGAAAGUGGUAUGAGUGCACAAGAUGUAGCAAUAACUUUACACGAUUUGAAGAUGUUGGUUCCACAAGAUGGAAAGGUUGUUCUUGCUUUGAACAAGGAAUUGAUAGAUAAUUAUAUGGCAAAACUUGAAUCAAAGAAGCAUCUUAGAGUAGAACCAGACCAAGAAUGUCUUAGAUGGACACCUCUGAUAUCAAACUAUAACAUAUCAGAAGAAGAAAAGAAAGCUGAAAAAGAGUUAUCUGAAAUGAGUGAUAUGGUGGACAGUAUAGCUGAGGAUAGAGAAUGGAUAGAGACUGUCAGUCCUACUGUAUCACCACAUAAGUUGGAAAGGUCACUCUCAACGUCACUUAGUCCAAGACGACUAGAUUUGAAAUCUCCCAUGGAGGAGAAAAGUCCAGUUAAAAUACCUCCCAAAGAAGAAGACAUGGAACUAUCAUCUUCAUCUAGUAGUGAAGAAGAGAGUGACCAUAAUGACAUAAAGAUAAAUCCACCAGUCAUAAAACUUGGUCCUCCACCAAAAAGAAGGCCUGGUCGACCUAGAAAAAGGAAAGUAGAAUCAGAAGAAGAUGAAAUAGAUGUUAAAAAGAUGAGACAAGAUGAUGAAGAAUCUGACAAUGAAGAAAAAAUAGAUGAUAAAGAAAAUCUUGAAAAUUUUGUUGAGAGUAAAAGUUCUAGUCAACAGUCCACUGAUGAACCAACAAAGAGAAAACGAGGUUGGCCAAAAGGGGUACCAAGAGGUUCUCCUUUUGCAAGGAAAACUGGACCUAAAGGUAGACCUAAGACUCAACGCAAGGAUUUCAUGGAGGCAAGUGUAGCAAAAGUAAAGGAAGAUAAAUGUGAUAAACCGAAGAAAGAGUUCAAUGAUGAUUCCGAUAACGAGUCCAUUGAAACAAAAAGAAGUGAAAACUUUGAUUCUAUGGCAGAAACAAAAGAGAAAGAUGUGAAAAGUGAGGAGGAUCUCUGUGUAAAUAAUUUUAAUAAUAGUGCUAAAUUAUUAACUGACAAAAUCAGUGAAACUGAGGCUGCUACUAAAAAUGUUGAAUUAGAAAUGGAAGAAAGUAAAGAUUCUUCUAAAUGUGAAGACAUAGUAGAGGAGGACAAAGGUAGUGAUAUUGGGGAAUGUGACAGUGCUAAUGUAAGUCGUGAGGCUGAGGAUGCUGUGCAGGCAUUACAAGUGGCUGAACAGGGGGAUAGUGAGGAGGGGAAAAGCAAUAGUCCAGAUAGUUGUGAACAGGAACGUCAACAUUUAACACCAGAGUUAUCUGUAUCUGGUCCAAGUCCAGCCUCACAACCAUGUGUCACAGAUUGCAUAUCUGAUACAAACAGUGAUGUCCCAGCACCAUUAACGCCUCAAGUGCCAACACCACCUCCUUCACAGGAAAAUCUGUCUCCGAAUAUAAAAUCUGUGUCAAAUACAGACUCGCCAACUAAAACAUCACCUUCUAAAAGUGACAGUAUGAAAGAAAGUGAUAACAAUGAUAAGUCUAAGUUACAGAAUGAUGAAGAGGAAGAUAGUACAUCUGAUGAUGACAUUCCAAGUGAUGAUAAUUAUCAUGAUGACUUUAAUGACUCUCCUCCUGGUGCUCCGGCACCUGUUACAUCACUACUAUCGCCACCACCACAGCCAGUAGUGGUGCAGCAAUCACCUAUUCAGAUGUCACCAGUACAGCAAUCCCCUGUUCAUCAAUCACCAAUUCAGGCAUCAUCUGUACAGCAAUCUCCCGUUCAACAAUCACCUAUCCAGCAUUCACCUUUACAGCCAUCCCCCAUACAACAUUCACCUAUUCAGCAAUCACCAAUGCAACCGUCACCAAUGAAACAUUCACCUGUUGUUCAAAAACAACCCGGCAGUGCUAAAUCUUUCCAUGAAACAUUUGCUGAGGACCUUCCUAGUAACUUUGACCAAUUAAGUAAUAGUUCGACUAGCAAUUUACAAAGUGAUUCCUUGCCACAACAGCAGGAAAAGUUUAAAACACGACCACCUCAGAAUCAAAAUAGUUGCAGUAAUUUUCCUUCUCAAGUAUUUCCGCAGAAUUCAUCUAUGGGUCAAAUGACCAAUACAAACAUAGGAAGCACAGGAUUUGGAAAUGAAAUGGACGUUUCACAACUUCAAGCAUUGGAAUCCCCUGCUUCCAUAGGUAGUAAUGAAAUGCCAAAUUCUAACAAUUCUGCAGAAAAUGCACCACCAUCUAUUCUUAGUUUUAUGGACUGUGCUGAAGCUCAAUCACACAGAACAUAUAGUAAUGCAUGUAUAAAUAAUCACAAUAGUGGACGUUACAUGGACAUGGUAUCUUCAUCAUAUCCAGUUAGUAGUUGUGGUUCAUUCAUAUCUCCUGUACCUAGUGGUGCAAACAUUGUACAGAACUUUUGUCCUCCUCCUGUUAGUACUUAUGCCCUUCAGCAGCAGCAGCAGCAGCAGCAACAAAAUUCAACACACAGACUUUCACAUAGUAAUUCACAGUGUCGUGUUCAACAGCCACCAUCUGUCAGUAGACAGAACAGUGGCCCUGGACCAUAUCCACCUCAGAACAUUAGUUGUGAUCUAGCAAAACUGCAGCAAUUAACAAAUGGAAUUCCAGAUCUCAUGCCAAACAAUACCAUGACUCCUCCCCCAAAUCUUACACCACCUCCUACUCAUAACAUGACUCCACCUCCUAUGAUGCGAGGCAUGACUACACCUCCCGUUCCAAACCAGCAAAAUUCAUCAGGGCUUGUUGGACCAUAUAAACAAUAUCAACAACAACCAACACAAAGGCAGCGUUCAUCUUCUGUGCGGAAGAGUCCAAAUGUGACAGUUAAUCCUAAUAUGACAUUUACACCUAAUGUGACAAUUCGUCCAGGAUCUAAUAUGAUCACGGGUUAUAAUAAUUUAUUGGACAGUUAUCGUAUGAGGCAGCCAAUGAUAAACCCAGGGUAUAUAAAUCAUGGGUUUCCACUUAAUCAGUUGGGUCAGACUCCUCAGUUACCAAUGCAAAUGUUAAAUAUGAAUAUGAACAUGAACAUGAAUAUGAACCCAGCACAACAACAUUUUCCUCAACACAUGCAACCUUCUCAGUCGAACAAUAUGUACGCAUACAGUUACAUUAAUGGUAGCCUACCCCCAUCUCUGAACAAUAUGAAUGGGAUGAUGAGGCGGUAAUGUUGUACAACUUAAAUUAUUUGAUUUUUAAUAUUUGUGUAUAAUUUGUUAAAUUUCGAGGACCACGGUGAUGUGUUUCAAGUUAUGCAUUCAUUGUACAUAGAUAAUCACAACUUGUUCAGGUCAGGUUAUAAUGUGAUCUGUGUGAGAGAAGGUACAAGUUGUAUGCAAGUUAUAUUUAUUUAUUAAGUUGUAUAUUAUAUUUGUGUCUUUUUUUAUGUGAAAGAACAAAAUUUUCCCUAGAUGGGAAUUUGGCAAAGAACAGUAUUAGUAUGUGUUAUUCUUUAUUUCUUAUCUGACAUUCUACUAAUACACAUUUUGAAAGCCUUUGCAUCUGAUAUACUUUCAUACAUUUAUGAAUUUUUAAUUUUAAUUUUUAUCAGUACUUAAGAAAUGGAUUAGUUCAAGUCACUAAAAUCACUCUGCAUUUAAGUUAAAACAGAUAUGACUUUAGAUGUAAUUAAUACAAACUGCAUGAAAAGUAUGGUUUUUGUCCAUAUCGAUAUUUAUAAGACAGCUUUAUUAAAGAUUUUUAAGGAUUUUCAUAUAAUAAUUACUUUUGUUAUUAAUGCUUCAUAAACUGCUUUGUUAAUAACAAAGUGCAUAUAUUUUUGACACUCCCCUCUGUAUCGGGGGCUUCCAGUAAGAAUUAAGCAAAGAAGUGGGUUGGUUGAUGUGUGGCAUUUAAAACUAAGGUUUUUUCGUCAUCAGAUUUUUUGUACUAUUAUUAUUAUUAUUUUUUUAACACACAAAAUUUAUAGCCAGAAGAAAAUUAAAAUGGAUGUUACACUGUAUCUCCUCCUGUUUAACUAUUUUUCUUUGAGAUUUCAUAUUAAAGUAAGUGAUGGUGCCAUCUUUGUUUGUGGUUAUUGGCUAUUUUGAUUUAAACAUAACUUCUCAUUUCUACCCUAGGGAGAUAGACUUUGUAAACAACCUACAGAUUUAAUAAACAACUUCAUAUUACUUAAAAAUAAGAUUGAAGAAAAUCAUGCAUAUGCCCUUCUAGGUGUGUGUUAUGCUUACAUGUUACAGCAAUAACCGAAAUUGUCAAGUUGUCCAAGCACCAUAUUUUUUAGCAUGAUAUGAAUUUCUCAUUCAGAGAUGUAUUAUUUUUUUUUAAUUGGUAAAAGAUAGUAAAAAUGGAUACAACAAUCUAUGAGGGGGUCUUUGCAUUAAAAAAUUAUUAUGGUUAUCACUGUAUUACUGAUGAGACUAGACAACAUUUUGAAAUAUUUAAAAAAUCUGAAAAGGUAUAAGAUGUGUUUGAAGAGAUAAAAGUACACUCAUGUUUUGCAGAUGGUCAGAUUAUGAAACACAUACCAUUGACAAACAUAGUACUAUAAGUUCAAUAUAACAAAAGAUGUCCAAGGUCUCAUCUGAAAGCCUAUUAUUUCAGUAUUUAUGUUUAUAGAUCAGCUGAUAUAUUUGAAAUAAACAAAAAUACCUCUGACUAUUUUAUUAUAAUAGUUUCUUUUGUUGUCAUUUGUGAAAUGAUUGGUUUGUUCCAGUCGUGAGGAGAUUAAGUUGGAAGUGUUAUUUCUUGCGAGACACUAGAUGAUUGUUUAGCGUCAGUCCUUGGAGACACUAGAUUAUUGUUUAGCUUCAGUCCUUGGAAGAGAUAAUUGUGAAGUACUUACAUUUGUUGGGCACAAGUUUCGUUUUUUUUUUUAUUCAUUUAAAUCCCAAAUUGGAAUACUCAAAUGAAUGGAAAUAUUCUAUAGACAUGAAAGUCUGACACCACAUGAAUUUGGCUCUCCAGUCUACACAAAUUCAAAUAUAAAAUACCUCACAAUUGGAAGUUUUGUGAAAUUAAUUGAGAAAGUGUCAUUAACUAUUUUGAACCUCUGAAAAGUAUGACAGAAGGAGUUACCUGAUAAAAUGAAAAUUAUUUGUACAACAUUGUCUGUCUGAAGACUUGUUUUGUCAUUGUUACAAAUAAUUUUCCCAUGCCACACUUUUAGGAAAAUAUACUGGUAGCCUAAAAUAAUAUGCAAGUUAUUAUCUCCCUUCAAAUAGUUACUACACUCCCUUAAAAGUAUAAAAAAAGAAAUAGAAGAUGUUAUAUUUUCAUCUUUUCUCUGGUCUAACACUUAAUUUAAUGGGAGGCAUAUUCCCGGUGUAACUUCAGGUUUACAAAUGUGCCUUAUCAAUUGACAUCUUCUAUUGUGGCAUUUUACGAUACUGUUGUUUUUCUUUUAUUUCUACAGUAAAUAAAGUUUAUUAUAUUAAAUGAUGUGUUACAGAUAAAAAAUACGUUCAACAAACAUUCUUUUAUAUGUGGAUUAAUUUUUAAUCUUCAUUUCUAGCUAUCUCUUAUGUUGUACAUGGAUUGAGGAGUGUGUCAAGUGACUGUUGUGAUGCAAUGUGAUAUUUAACUUGUAUGUGUGAGAGAGAGAUGUUUAGUCACAAAACUGUUACCAUGUUAUAUUUUUGUUAGAUUGUAAAUAGUAUCACGUGGACUGUGCAUUUAAAAAAAUAAAUUAUGAUUUUUCUCCUCAGA